UGCGAGCUAUUUUCCGACUGCGAGAUAACUCCUACAACAGCUGCAGCCAUCUUGUCAACACGCCGCCUCAUGAGUCUGGCGGGGAGUGUUUAAUUUGCUCGCCUUUGUGGUGCAGGAGGCGGGAAGCACAUGUUCGGCGGCCCGUAGGAGACGGGUAAACGAUGGCGCUGCCACCGUACCUCAUCCCGGGCAGCCCAUGGGCUUACAUGGCGCAGCAGCAAGCCCAGCUUGCUGCUGCCCAGGCCCAGGCUGCCCAUGCACAGAUGCAUGCACACUUCCAGGCACAGGCGCAGGCCCACACUGCUCAGGCACAGGCCAUCCCUCGCCCACAAGCUGGUCCACCCCCUGUUGAGAAUGUGUCUCUGGAAAAAAUGCAGGAGAAAGCCAGAAGAUGGCAGCAGCUGCACAACAAGAAGUAUGCCGAGAAGAGGAAGUUUGGGUUUGUGGAUGUGCAAAAGGAGGAGAUGCCACCAGAACACAUACGCAAAAUUAUCCGGGACCAUGGAGAUAUGUCAAGCCGCAAAUACCGACAUGACAAGCGUGUGUACUUGGGUGCCCUUAAGUUCAUGCCCCAUGCUGUACUCAAGCUGCUGGAAAACAUGCCCAUGCCCUGGGAGCAGAUCAGGGAUGUGCAGGUGCUGUAUCACAUCACGGGUGCCAUCACCUUUGUCAAUGAGAUUCCGUGGGUGAUCGAACCUGUGUACAUCUCUCAGUGGUCAACAAUGUGGAUGAUGAUGCGCAGGGAGAAAAGAGAUCGUCGUCACUUCAAGCGUAUGAGGUUCCCACCCUUUGAUGAUGAAGAACCACCGCUGGACUUUGCUGACAAUGUGCUGGAUGUGGAGCCCCUUGAGGCAAUCCAGAUGGAGUUGGACCCAGAAGAGGAUGUGGAGGUUGCAGAAUGGUUCUAUGAGCACAAGCCCCUGAUUGACACCAAGCAUGUCAAUGGCCCCACCUACCGCAAGUGGCGCCUCACGCUGCCACAGAUGGCAACGCUGUACCGCCUGGCCAACCAGUUGCUAACAGAUGUGUCUGACAACAACUACUUCUACUUGUUUGAUCUCAAAUCUUUUUUCACAGCAAAAGCUUUAAACAUGGCCCUGCCUGGUGGUCCUAAGUUUGAGCCGUUGAUCAAGGACAUGAACCCAGCUGACGAGGACUGGAAUGAAUUCAAUGACAUAAACAAAAUCAUUGUGAGGCACCAGGUGCGGACUGAGUACCGCAUUGCCUUCCCCUACUUGUUCAACAACAUGCCACAGUAUGUGCACCUGAGCUGGUACCACACCCCUGUUGUGCUCUACAUCAAGACAGAGGACCCAGAUCUGCCUGCAUUCUACUUUGAUCCUCUUAUCAAUCCCAUCUCCCACCGCAACACUGUCAAGGGAGAGGUGCUGCUGCCUGAUGAUGAUGAGGACUUUGAGUUGCCAGAAGAUGUUGACUCCCUGCUUAAGGAGUGGCAGUUAUAUGAUGAUGCAACAGCUAAUGGUAUAGCCUUGUUGUGGAGCCCCCGGCCCUUCAACAUGCGCUCAGGCACCAUGAGGCGGGCCAUUGAUGUGCCCUUGGUGAAAAUGUGGUAUAGAGAACACUGUCCACCUGGCCAGCCUGUGAAGGUCCGUGUGUCUUACCAGAAGCUGCUGAAAUACUAUGUUCUCAAUGCCUUGAAGCACCGCCCUCCAAAAGCCCAGAAGAAGAGAUACCUCUUCCGCUCAUUCAAGGCCACUAAGUUCUUCCAGACAACAACACUGGACUGGGUGGAGGUGGGACUGCAGGUGUGUCGGCAGGGCUACAACAUGCUGAAUCUCCUCAUUCACCGCAAGAAUCUGAACUACCUCCACUUGGACUACAACUUCAACCUGAAGCCAGUCAAGACUCUCACAACCAAGGAGCGUAAGAAGUCCAGAUUCGGCAAUGCUUUCCAUCUCUGCCGUGAGAUCCUGCGCCUGACAAAGCUGGUUGUGGAUGCCCAUGUGCAGUACAGGCUCAACAAUGUUGAUGCCUUCCAGCUGGCAGAUGGCCUCCAGUACAUAUUUGCCCAUGUUGGACAGCUGACUGGGAUGUACCGUUACAAGUACAAGCUCAUGAGACAGAUCCGCAUGUGCAAGGAUCUCAAACAUGUGAUCUACUACAGGUUCAACACUGGACAAGUGGGCAAAGGUCCUGGUUGUGGCUUCUGGGCCCCAGGAUGGAGGGUGUGGCUUUUCUUCAUGAGAGGCAUCACCCCCUUGCUGGAGCGCUGGCUUGGGAACCUCCUCUCACGUCAGUUUGAGGGUCGACACAGCAAGGGUGUCGCCAAGACCGUCACCAAGCAGCGUGUGGAGUCGCACUUUGACCUUGAGCUCCGUGCUUCUGUCAUGCAUGACAUCUUGGACAUGAUGCCUGAAGGUAUCAAGCAAAACAAGGCUCGCACCAUCCUUCAGCAUCUGUCUGAGGCCUGGAGGUGCUGGAAGGCCAACAUCCCAUGGAAGGUCCCUGGCCUCCCCACCCCAAUUGAGAACAUGAUCCUUCGCUAUGUCAAGAUGAAGGCUGACUGGUGGACCAACACAGCUCACUACAACCGUGAGCGCAUCCGUCGUGGUGCAACUGUAGACAAGACGGUCUGUAAGAAAAACAUGGGGAGGCUCACCCGCCUGUAUCUGAAGUCAGAGCAGGAACGUCAGCACAACUACCAGAAGGAUGGCCCAUACAUCAGCCCUGAGGAAGCUGUGGCGAUCUACACCACCACUGUACAUUGGCUUGAGUCACGCCGCUUCGCCCCUAUCCCCUUCCCGCCACUCUCCUACAAGCAUGACACCAAGCUGCUCAUCCUGGCAUUGGAGAGGCUGAAGGAGGCAUACAGUGUCAAGUCUCGCCUCAACCAGUCACAGAGAGAGGAACUGGGAUUGAUUGAACAGGCCUAUGACAACCCCCAUGAGGCUCUGUCCCGCAUCAAGCGUCACCUCCUGACACAAAGAGCUUUCAAAGAAGUUGGCAUUGAGUUCAUGGAUCUCUACAGCCACCUGAUCCCUGUGUAUGAUGUGGAGCCUCUUGAGAAGAUAACAGAUGCAUACCUAGACCAGUACUUGUGGUAUGAAGCUGACAAACGUCGCCUCUUCCCCCCUUGGGUUAAGCCUGGAGACUCAGAGCCUCCACCAUUGCUGGUGUACAAGUGGUGCCAGGGUAUUAACAACCUUACAGAUGUCUGGGAUACUGCAGAUGGGGAAUGCAAUGUAAUGCUGGAGUCCAAGUAUGAGAAGCUGUAUGAAAAGAUUGACUUGACAUUGCUCAACAGACUGCUUCGACUCAUUGUCGACCACAAUAUUGCUGAUUACAUGACGGCCAAGAACAACGUGGACAUCAACUACAAGGACAUGAACCACACCAACCGUUAUGGCAUCAUCCGAGGUCUACAGUUUGCAUCCUUUAUUGUCCAGUACUAUGGCUUGGUGAUGGACCUGCUUGUGCUGGGUCUGAAGCGCUCAGCAGACAUGGCUGGACCCCCACAGAUGCCCAAUGACUUCCUCAAUUUCCAGGAUGUGGCCACAGAAACCCAGCAUCCCAUCCGCCUCUACUCACGCUACAUUGACAGGAUCCAUAUCUUUUUCCGGUUCAGUGCUGAGGAGGCAAAGGAUCUCAUCCAGAGGUACUUGACUGAACACCCAGAUCCUAACAAUGAGAACAUUGUGGGAUACAACAACAAAAAGUGCUGGCCAAGAGAUGCCCGGAUGCGCCUCAUGAAGCAUGACGUCAACCUGGGCCGAGCUGUUUUCUGGGACAUCAAGAAUCGGUUGCCGCGCUCUGUCACUACUGUCAACUGGGAGAACUCAUUUGUCUCGGUUUACUCAAAGGACAACCCCAACCUUCUCUUCAACAUGUCUGGGUUUGAGUGUCGCAUUUUACCCAAGUGCCGCAUGACUCAUGAGGAAUUCAAGCACAGGGAUGGUGUCUGGAACCUGCAGAAUGAGGUGACCAAAGAAAGGACCUCCCAGUGCUUCCUGAGGGUGGAUGAUGAGUCAAUGCAGAGGUUCCAUAACCGUGUGAGACAGAUCCUCAUGGCCUCUGGGUCAACAACUUUCACAAAGAUUGUCAACAAGUGGAAUACAGCUCUGAUUGGCCUCAUGACUUACUACAGAGAGUCUGUAGUUAACACACAGGAACUUCUGGACCUGCUGGUGAAAUGUGAAAACAAGAUUCAAACACGUAUCAAGAUUGGCUUGAACUCAAAAAUGCCCUCAAGGUUCCCCCCUGUAGUUUUCUACACCCCAAAAGAGCUGGGAGGCUUAGGUAUGUUGUCCAUGGGUCAUGUCCUCAUUCCUCAGUCAGAUCUUCGUUGGAGUAAGCAGACUGAUGUGGGUAUCACUCACUUCAGGUCUGGCAUGAGCCAUGAUGAAGAUCAGCUCAUUCCCAAUUUGUACAGAUACAUCCAACCGUGGGAGACAGAGUUCCUUGACUCUCAGAGAGUGUGGGCCGAGUAUGCCCUCAAGAGACAGGAAGCAACAGCACAGAAUCGCAGACUCACCCUGGAGGAUCUGGAGGACUCAUGGGACAGAGGGAUUCCCAGAAUCAACACACUCUUCCAGAAGGAUCGUCAUACCCUUGCCUAUGACAAAGGGUGGCGUAUCCGAACAGAGUUCAAGCAGUAUCAAGUACUGAAACAAAAUCCUUUCUGGUGGACACAUCAGCGCCAUGAUGGAAAGUUGUGGAAUCUGAACAACUACAGGACUGACAUGAUCCAGGCCCUUGGAGGUGUUGAGGGCAUCCUUGAACAUACCCUCUUCAAGGGCACAUAUUUCCCUACUUGGGAAGGUCUCUUCUGGGAGAAAGCUUCAGGAUUUGAGGAGAGUAUGAAGUACAAAAAGCUGACCAAUGCCCAGAGGUCAGGUCUUAACCAGAUCCCCAACCGUCGUUUCACCUUGUGGUGGUCGCCCACCAUCAACAGGGCAAAUGUGUAUGUAGGUUUCCAGGUACAGCUUGACCUGACUGGUAUCUUCAUGCACGGCAAGAUCCCCACUCUAAAGAUUUCCCUUAUUCAGAUUUUCCGUGCUCAUUUGUGGCAGAAAAUCCACGAGUCUGUUGUCAUGGAUCUGUGUCAAGUCUUUGAUCAGGAAUUGGAUGCUCUGGAAAUUGAGACUGUGCAGAAGGAGACUAUCCAUCCUCGAAAGUCUUACAAGAUGAACUCAUCCUGUGCUGACAUUCUUCUUUUUGCUGCUUACAAGUGGAACUACUCCAAGCCUUCACUACUGGCAGACUCCAAGGACACUAUGGAUGGCUCUACCACACAGAAGUACUGGAUUGAUGUCCAGCUUAGGUGGGGUGACUAUGACUCGCAUGAUGUUGAGCGUUAUGCCAGAGCAAAGUUCUUGGACUACACUACUGAUAACAUGUCACUGUAUCCAUCUCCAACAGGUGUUUUGAUUGCCAUUGACUUGGCAUACAAUCUUCAUAGUGCUUAUGGCAACUGGUUCCCAGGAGCCAAACCCUUGAUACAGCAAGCUAUGGCAAAGAUCAUGAAGGCCAACCCAGCCUUAUAUGUGCUCCGUGAGCGUAUACGUAAGGGUCUUCAGCUGUAUUCUUCUGAACCUACUGAACCAUACCUUUCCUCCCAAAAUUAUGGUGAACUCUUCUCUAAUCAGAUUAUUUGGUUUGUGGAUGACACUAAUGUGUACAGAGUCACAAUCCACAAAACCUUUGAAGGUAACCUGACAACCAAGCCCAUCAAUGGCGCCAUCUUCAUCUUCAACCCUCGAACGGGUCAACUCUUCCUCAAGAUCAUUCACACCUCUGUUUGGGCAGGUCAGAAACGUUUAGGUCAGCUGGCCAAGUGGAAGACAGCUGAGGAAGUUGCUGCUCUUAUCCGGUCUCUCCCAGUUGAAGAACAGCCCAAGCAAAUCAUUGUCACAAGAAAGGGUAUGUUGGAUCCCCUUGAGGUUCACUUGUUGGACUUUCCCAACAUUGUCAUUAAAGGCUCAGAGCUGCAGCUGCCAUUCCAGGCUUGUUUGAAGGUUGAGAAGUUUGGUGAUUUGAUCCUGAAGGCAACAGAGCCCCAGAUGGUACUUUUCAACCUGUAUGAUGACUGGCUGAAGAACAUCUCAUCAUACACUGCUUUCUCCCGCCUCAUCCUUAUCUUGAGAGCCCUCCAUGUCAACAAUGAUCGCACUAAAGUCCUCCUAAAACCUGACAAAACCACUAUCACAGAGCCUCACCACAUCUGGCCUUCCCUCAGUGAUGAAGACUGGGUGAAGGUGGAGGUGCAGCUCAAAGAUCUGAUCCUUGCAGAUUAUGGUAAGAAGAAUAACGUGAAUGUGGCCUCCCUCACUCAAUCUGAAAUUCGAGACAUUAUCUUGGGAAUGGAAAUCAGUGCUCCUUCAGCCCAGAGGCAACAAAUUGCAGAAAUUGAAAAGCAGACCAAGGAGCAGUCUCAGUUGACAGCCACCACUACACGCACUGUGAACAAGCAUGGCGAUGAAAUUAUCACCUCCACCACCAGCAACUAUGAGACAGCAACUUUCAGCAGCAAAACAGAAUGGAGAGUGAGAGCCAUCUCUGCCACCAACCUUCACCUCCGUACCAAUUAUAUUUAUGUUUCGUCAGAUGACAUCAAGGAAACUGGGUUUACAUAUAUCCUGCCAAAGAAUGUACUGAAGAAGUUCAUCAUUAUAUCAGAUCUGCGUACACAGAUAUCUGGCUACCUGUAUGGUGUGAGUCCCCCAGACAACCCUCAAGUUAAGGAGAUUCGUUGCAUAGUUAUGCCACCACAAUGGGGAACACAUCAGAUGGUCCAUCUUCCACACAAACUGCCAACACAUGAUUUUCUGAAUGAGCUAGAGCCCUUAGGAUGGAUUCAUACCCAGCCCAAUGAAUUGCCACAGCUAUCACCACAUGACAUCACAACUCAUGCUACAGUCAUGGCUGACAACAGUUCCUGGACAACUGACCGCACCAUUGUCAUCACCUGUUCCUUCACACCAGGCUCCUGCUCACUUCAGGCCUACAAGCUGACACCCUCUGGGUUUGAGUGGGGCCGCAACAACAAGGACAUGGGCAACAACCCUAAAGGCUACCUGCCCUCUCACUACGAGAAGGUUCAAAUGCUACUCUCAGACCGCUUCCUUGGCCUCUUCAUGACACCACUUCAGGGAUCUUGGAACUACAACUUCAUGGGUGUACGCCAUGAUCCCAAUAUGAAGUAUGACCUUCAACUUGCAAGUCCUAAAGAGUUUUACCAUGAAGUCCAUCGUCCUGCACACUUCCUGAACUUCUCAUCCCUGGAUGAGGCUGACACAGCUGGGGCAGACAGAGACAAUGCCCUGGAGUAAUCCAAUUCCAUAUAUGUUGUUUGGUCAUGUGAUUUUAGUCUAUGAGGAAUUUCAUUGUCAUGAAAUUCAUACAUUUCAUCAGUGAUUAUCAGUUACUGUUCACCAGAGUUCAGUUUAUGUAUCUACACAGUUUUAGUGUGUUGUACAAAGGAUUUAUAACUUUUCAAAGACUUCAAUAAUUUAGAUAUUUGCUAGUGUAAGGAAUUUUUACUAAAGCUUACAGACCUCAGAGGACACUAAUUUGUGUUUUGUGAAGUCAUUUGGCUGUAAUUUUUUUCUCCAGUAAUUUUGUUUGCAGGAAUUAUACAAUAUGAAAGUACCAUUUGCUUUGAAGAGAGGAACGUGCAUCUCAAAGCAAAAGCUGUAUUGCAGUUCUGUGGCUACAACUAUCAUAAAACAUAUGCCACCAUUAUAGUAACAUUUUGACCUUGUGGCACCAAUGUUGUAGUCAUUGUAAAUCCCCUUUGUGGAUACAUGAAUUAUGUUGGAUUGAGGGGUGGGUGGGAGGGAGAUAAAU